GCCACGCCGCCGCAACGCCCGCCCGCUGCCCGCAGGGCCAUGCGGAGGGCCGCUGCGAUGGAGGACUUCGCAGAAGAGGAGGAACCUUGGUACGACCAGCAGGACCUGGAGCAGGAAAAGAUUUAUGAUGUGCCUGCUCUGUGCCAAGUACUAUUCUAGAUCCUGGGGAUAUCAGUGAACGAAGCGGGCAAAAUCCUGGCCCUAUUUGCACUUGGCCGCCGAGCUGGGGAAGACGCUGUUGGAGAGAAACAAGGAGCUGGAGGAGUCUCUGCAGCAGAUGUACGCCACCAACGAGGAGCAAGUGCAGGAGAUCGAGUACCUGACCAAGCAGCUGGACACGCUGCGGCACGUGAAUGAGCAGCACACCAAAGUGUACGAGCAGCUGGACCUGACGGCCCGAGACCUGGAGCUGACCAACCAGAAGCUGGUGCUGGAGAGUAAGGCUGCCCAGCAGAAGAUCCAUGGGCUGACGGAAACCGUAGAGCGCCUGCAGGCCCAGGUGGAGGAGCUGCAGGCCCAGGUGGAGCAGCUCCGGGGCCUGGAGCAGCUGCGCGUGCGCAGGGAGAAGCGGGAACGAAGACGCACCAUCCACACCUUCCCCUGCCUCAAGGAGCUGUGCACCAGCACCCGGUGUGAGGAUGCCUUCCGCCUGCACAGUUCCUCGCUGGAGCUGGGCCCCAGGCCGCUGGAGCAAGAGAACGAGCGGCUGCAGACCCUGGUGGGGGUGCUGCGUACCCAGGUGAGCCAGGAGCGGCAGCGCAAGGAGCGGGCGGAGCGCGAGUUCGCGGCGGUGCUCCACGAGUACGCGGAGCUGGAGCAGCAGCUGUGCGAGAUGGAGGGCUGCCGCCUUCGCGUGCAGGAGCUGGAGGCCGAGCUGCUCGAGCUGCAGCAGAUGAAGCAGGCGAAGACCUACCUGCUAGGCCGGGAGGACCACCUGGCCGAGGCCCUUCUGGCUCCCCUGACCCAAGCCCCUGAGGCCGAUGACCCCCAGCCAGGCAGCGGGGACAACUUGGGCGCCCACGACGGUAUCUCCUCCCCCGCCACCUCCCCAGGCCACACCGUGCGCAAGAGCUGCAGCGACACAGCGCUCAACGCCAUCGUGGCCAAAGACCCAGCCAGCCGGCACGCGGGCCACCUCACGCUGCACGCCAACAGCGUGCGCAAGCGGGGCAUGUCCAUCCUGCGGGAGGUGGACGAGCAGUACCACGCGCUGCUCGAGAAGUACGAGGAGCUGCUGAGCAAGUGCCGGCAGCACCGGGCCGGGGUGCGGCAUGCGGGCGUGCAGACCUCGCGGCCCAUCUCCCGGGACAGCUCGUGGAGGGACCUGCAGGGGGGCGAGGAGGGCCAGGGGGAGGCGAAGGCCGGCGAAAAGAGCCUGAGCCAGCACGUGGAGGCUGUGGACAAGCGCCUGGAGCAGAGCCAGCCCGAGUACAAGGCGCUCUUCAAGGAGAUCUUCUCCAGGAUCCAGAAGACCAAGGCUGACAUCAACGCCACCAAGGUCAAGACCCACAGCAGCAAGUGACCCUUUCCCAGCAGGCAGACUCCCCAGGCUCCAGCCAUGGGUUCCUGGAGCCUGGGCUGUGCAGCCACUGGUGAGUGAGGGAUCCUUUGAGCUGCAGUAUAUCCCAGCGGAGGCCACUGUGUGACGCAGGGAUGGUGUUGGGGACACAGCUUGUUCUCUGCUGAUGUGGGAGGCAGUCAACACGUCCGGCCUCCCAGGACCUUCCACCAUCCUGUGUCAGCCCACUCCCUUGGGGAGUCCCAGCCACCCCAGCUUCAGACCCUCAGGCCCUCAGACUUGUUGCCAGGCUUCUGAAAGCCAUUCUGGACCAGAUGGCCUUUUUUUUUCUUUUCAAAGGUUUUUUGUUUUUUGUUUUUUGUUUUUUUUUGAGAGAGAGAGAGAGAGAGAUUUGCAAUGCAAGAUCCCCCUGACCCCUUGCCCAUAACUGGAAACACUUGAAGGGAGACCACAGAGCCAGCUAUGGCAGGUUCUGGGGGGCUCCUGGACCACCCACUGCUUCUCCCCAGCUGUGACUCACUGUCAUCCCCUUAACACCAGGUCUCCCACCCCCAGGGUCCUGAUCAGGUCAGAGGCAGCCCCUGCCAUGAGAAGCAGAAAGCCUCAGUGCCCCCCACUCCAGCCCUGGUGAGGGUGGGCUUCUCCCAGGAGACCCUCAGCCCACCGCAGAUCUGUAGCCAAUCAGAAGAGGGGAACAGGGAGCCCCCCAGCAGCCAUACACGAGCAGUGCACCCCGUUCCCUUCUGAACCAGCCGCCUCGGAUUCCAGCCCCAGAAAUGCCUUCUGAGCAUUAAGCCUUCCAGGGGUCUGGGCCGGGGCGGGGAGCCCCCAACAUUGCACGCCACCCUGCAAUUCGCCGUUUGUCCUCUGCCUGCCCCCACCUCAGGGACCAUGACGUGUCUCAUUCACUCCCAUGCUCCCCACAGGCCAACCCCACCGCAGAUCAUGCUUGCUGCCCCCAGAAUGUCCCAGGCAUGUGCCACGAGCCAGUGGUCCCAGUGUCCACCCCGGCCCCCUUCACUGGGGACAGCCCAAGACCCUCACCCUACACUCAACAGUAUUGAAAUGGGCCUGGGAUGGGGAGCAUGUCUCCUUCCCAUAAAAUGCCUGCUCUUAACCUCCUACCUUUGUGGAGGGCUCUUGAGGACGGAGCUGGGUCAAGGGUUUAAUCUUUUGUUAAGGCUUUAGAAAGUCCAGCUUCAGCUAAGAGAUGCCAAGGUCCCCAGCUUUCCCUGAGCCAUUUUUCAGGGCUUCCAGUCCCUGCCGCCCUUCCUAAGACCCCAGAAAUCGGAGGAGCCACACAGCCCAGUGGAAGGCGACGGCCCUGGCCUCUGUGCUGGAGUCCAGUGGGGAACCUUCAUGCCUUAUUUGUUUCUAAGGGGUUUUCUUAAGAAGCACACCCGACCUCCCCUCCCCAGAGGUGCCAUCAUGCUCUCCGGGCGGGCUGUCAGCUGGUCCUUCUGUCCAUGUAUCUUGAAACCCUGUGGAGCUGGGCAGCUCCCAGCCCUCUGUGUGUCUCUGUCACCUAGGGUGGAGGGGGUGGAGUGGGAUGGGGUGGGGGGAGGGCUCCUGCCUGUUUGCUCCCCAGUUAUGUAGCAGCCAACCAGCAUCACCUUUGAAGUAUACGAGAGAAAUAUAUUUACAAAUGCUUUAUUCUCUUCUUUAAUAAAAAAAUGCACCAGUAUUCUAAAAGCAGAAA